GUCCAGAUAAAGCUAAGGCUGUUUCAUACAUAGACCAAAUGUUCUUCGAUCAACUUGCCGUGGACGGGACGUCACGCGGAGAUGUAUGAAUCCAUGCACCAUCGUCAUUAUUAUUAUUCUAAAGAAGAAUUUAUAGUACUACGUAUAUAGCUCAUCCCCUUGGCCAUAGCUAGGCUUUUUAAUUAAAUAUAAUAAGUUCCCCAAAAUUUAUAUGCUUUUAUUUGAUUUCUUUUCUUAUACGAUAGUAUAUUUCAUUCACCUGGAUCAUAUCAUCGUUUCAAUUUUCUACUCCGGCCGCCAGUUCAGAGAGCGUCUUGCAUGUGUCGAGACCAUGCAUGGCGUUUAAAUGAUUAUGGUGAGGCUGCCAGCAUGCAAAGUUGAACAUUUUCAGUAAAAAAAAGGGCUGCAUUUUCGAUCUGUCAGCAUUGAAUGAAAAUAUAAAAAUGGUUUCUGAUGAUGAAGAUGGGGCUACUACUCACACCACCACCAGCAGGUUCGACUGCAACAUCUGCCUAGAUUCUGCCCAUGACCCUGUGGUCACUUUUUGUGGUCAUUUGUACUGCUGGCCUUGCAUUUACCUUUGGCUAAGCACCUCCAAUGAACACCCUUCUCACCACCCCAAUUGUCCUGUUUGCAAGUCUUAUAUCUCCAAAUCCACCCUCGUCCCUCUUUACGGUGACAGCGUAUCGUCCUCGUCCUCCUCGUCCUCGUCCUCCUCCUCCUCCUCGUCUGUCUCUGAUACCAAGAAGCACCAACCGAACUUCGUCCACAUACCUCAAAGGCCACCGGCUCUUAGUGUGGGGGUGGUGCAUGAUAAUCCCGAUGACCCGCCGCCACCGCUACCGUCAGAACCGCCGCCGUACAUGUCUCAUUCCCUUGGGGGCAGCCAUGGUUCCACUCGGGCUGGCAUUGGUGGCACAGUCAUUGCCGGAUUUUUUAACCCCACCAUUGGGGAAAUGUUUUCUGCAGCAAUGUUUGGGAGCUACGAUGCUAACUUGUUAUUAGCCUAUCCCAGUC